GUCCAAUAUGGCCGAUGACGAAAGACGAUAUCCACACUGUCUCUGUUGAUACAAACAUGGCAGCCCCAUUGCAACUAGAGAUGCUUGCUGCUCUCCUCCACGUCCAACAUGGAGCGCAACGGAUAUCGGAACGAAAAUGGACAGGAUGUCGAAAAACAAACCCAGAACAACAACAAUAAUGCUACUGGCCAUGAUCGAAACGAUUUCUUACCCAACCCUCCUGCCAGCGCGGAUUUCAAGGACAGGAUAGCGCAUUUUACUUGGCCGUGGUUUUCAGCAACGAUGUCUACUGGAGCGAUCGCUGUUGUGAUCGCGAAUACACCGAAUCGAUUUACUGGAUUGCAGACUAUUGGCAAGAUCUUCUUCAUUGUUGAUCUGUUUAUGUUCGUUGUGUUUAAUAUCGCCAUGGGACUGCGAGCUUUCUGGUUCCCGAGGAGAUUUUUUGCUUCACUUCAUCAUCCUGUCGAGGGCCUUUUCUUUGGAUCGUACUGGGUUUCGGUCUCACUUAUCUUGAACGCGAUACAGGCUUACGGUGUGCCGAACUGUGGUCCGUGGCUCGUCUCUGCACUGCGGGUUCUGUUCUGGCUCUAUUGCGCUAUUGUUCUGGUUGUUGGAAUUGGGCAAUACUACGCUUUAUUCCAAGAGGAGAGAUUGAAAAUCACAAACGCCGUUCCUGCGUGGAUCUUCCCAAUCUACCCCCUUUUAGUUAUUGGAACGAUGGCUGGCACAAUGAUUCCAUCUCAGCCGGAACAGGCAGCUUUUGAAAUGUGGAUAGGGGCAGUCAUGUUUCAGGGACUCUCCUGGACCGUGGCGUUGAUGAUGUACAGUCUGUACACUCAACGACUCAUGACAAGCGCGUUGCCGGCUCCGCCCACGAGACCUGGAAUGUACGUGUCUGUUGGUCCUGCGGGUUACACGAGCGCGGGCCUCAUAUCGUUGGGAACUCAGGCUUCGAGUGUGCUUCCCGAGAACACAUUCAACAUUAGCGCCCUUCCAGACGGUGACAUUGUGCGGGUCCUUGGGAUCGUCAGCGGACUUUUCAUCGUCACCUUUGCUUUUUGGUUCUUCUGCAUUACAACGAUUGCUGUGAUAGCUGGAAUCAGGCGCAUGCAUUUCACUUUGAACUGGUGGGCCUUCAUAUUUCCAAACGCGGGUCUCUGUCUUGCAAUCAUACAGAUCGGCUCUGCGCUAUCAAGUUCCGCUAUCAAUGGUGUAGCCAGCGCUUUGACCAUUCUCUUGGUCAUCAUGUGGCUCAUCACGGCUGUUGCACAUUUACGAGCUCUCUGGUACGGCAAGAUAAUGUGGCCUGGGAAAGACGAGGACAAAGACAUGUGGCAUCUGGGUUGGGGCAAGUUCAGUGCGUGAUGGACGAUCACCUCGACUACCUUAAUUUCGACUUAAUGCUCCCCAAAAGUUCCUUUUACCUUUUUAAUGUGCCUAAUAGGCUCCGAACCUUUCGCUACUGCGGGCCCCGGAGCAAAUUCCCAACGAAGAGAACGAUCCAAACAACAGCGAGAAUGCGGCAAAAUGCAAAAGCUAACUUCAACGUUGAUUGUUCAUAUUACAGCACCAAGAGACAAAACCCCUGGCCGCCUACCAACAAGACCAGAAGCAAAAAUCAAAAACAUUCCAACGCCCCUAUCAUCA